GAAAAACAUAGUUUUAACACAUUUACUUCUUAAAUAUACACAUCAUCUGCUCCGUGUGUUCGGAAAUAUUUACAGAAACGCCACAAGAGACUCGAUAAAACAUGGUUAAAGUGCGGGUUUGCGCUAGUAAAGUUUGUGAGGUGUCAGGAGCGCCCCCUGGAGUGAAACUGGCGAAAUAACAACACAUACUUCACAAAUUACAUUAACUAUGAAUAGAGAUUUACUUAUAGUGUGUGUGUGUGUGUGUGUGUGUGUGUGUGUGUGUGUGUGUGUGAGUGAGUGAGUGUGUCAGUUUUAUAUUUCAUUACCACAUUACACAGUUCACUGAUAAUUGAACUGAUAGAUAAGUUAGAACAGAAAAUCUUAUUUCACCAACAUUACAUGUAACUGUAAAUGGAUAAAAAGUACAACAAACAAUGAAUAACUAUUAAUAAAUAAAUCAUUGCAGUUGUUGGUAAACUGCUGUGGUGAAAGAGGAAUCAAACACUUGGGGGCGUGCUGUUGAACCCUUAAGCGUUCUGCGUAGAACCGUACAACAACGUUUUCCCGAGAGACAUGGAGCUCGUCAGUGUGUUUAAUGUUUCACUAAACAUUUUAUAGGUCCACAUGGACAGCGAUGUUCGGGCUCUGACGAACCGUCUAGUAAAUUUCGCUUUAAAUCUUCCAGAUGUAUAUAGGUAUAUAUAAGUAUAUAAGUAUAAAAGUACACGCAGCAGGUGUGUGAGCAGUGACGCUCGUCUUACCUUGUGUCUAUUACUUUACAUGUAUGAAUGUUACUGACGUGAUCAAAUGUUAAAGUGUUACAGUAGUCUAUACCCUGCUCUAGAACCCGUCAGGAGUUUGGGAACCCCUGCUCUAGAACCCGUCAGGAGUUUAACUGUACUGAAUCUUGAACAUACACAUGUGCAGGAGUCCUGAUUUCUGGACGAAUCCUUAUUAAAAUGUCCGUGUCGUGAUCACGAUAGUCGCUGGUGGUUGUUUUAUUAUAUAUGUAUAAGCGUUAUGUAAAUAUAUAUGUUAUAUAUAUAACAUUAAACCUUUAUUACAUUUGCACUUAUAUCAGUUUUAACGGUGGAAAGAAACCUGGUGUGUCGUCUUGGUAAUGAUCCAGAUACCGAAAGCAGCUGAAGGGCGGGACAUCCUCCGGCUAUUAACGUCAUUUAGGACGUAUUCCUUAAUUACGGUAUUUUAAGGUGUGAUUUUCAUAUAGUGAGAUAGAAGCACACACACACACACACACACACACACACACACACGUGCGUGUGAGGACCAGUGAGUGAGAACACACACCGCAGUACAGGAGACCAGACACAGGGAUGUCCGUGGAGGUGGCUGCUCCUCCUCCCUCUCCAAGUCCGUCCUUCAUCGAGGUGAAAGAGGAGACGCGUUUGGUGUUGAAGAGUUUUCUCCGUAAUGCUCUCUCCAUCGCUCCCGCAGAUCGGCCGGGGAGAAUCGGGGGCGCAUAUCAUGACCCCAACAAGUUCAGUGUGCUCAUGAAAGAGAAGCAGAGGAAAGAUGAAAGUGGAUGGGAUUCUCUGGAUGAGAAGAUCAGUGCUGCAGAGGAGAAGAAACACGGCAUCAAAAACCUGAUAAAGAAGCGUCUGAUUCCACGCCCACCCCCUGCACGACACGCCCCCAAGGACGCCGGCACUGACCAAUCACAGAACGGCUCUGUGUUGGAACCGCCUACUCCACUGAGACAUGGAUAUGUGGAGGAUGAAAAAUCCUCUGGGUCGGAAGAGGAGGGCGAGCGGAAAACGGGCGAAAAAAAGAAAAAGAAGAACAAACUGAAGCUGACGGACCUUUUUAAGAAAAAAAGCACAAAGAAAGAUGACGUGCGUCCGCAGCGUCCGACAUCACUUCCUGUGAAAGAGGAGGCGGCGGCGGCGGUAAAACCCUCGCCAAUAAAAUCCCCGCAGUCACCGAAUCACCCUCCUGAGUUCUACGAUGGCGUGGCCAAAAAGUUGGACCAAAUCGCUCAGCAGUCCGUGAGGAAGAAAUCACCGAUCAAACCCGAGCCCACUCAGCCCAAAGAAGACAAUAAAGAAGCCAUCGUACAGCAGCUCGUCCAAUUACUGACAGCGGAGGGAGACGCCAUUAACGAGAAGAUUGAAGCUAAUCCUCUGUUGCGUUCGUCGCUGAACCGAUUGUCCUACACGUCCUUCGCCAGGCUACUCGACUCCUGUGCCAAUGAAGCUGCAGACCGGCCCCUUCCUGUGGCCCAGAGUCCCACCCUUCGGCGUGUGGCCGUCACCAUGGAAAUGACUCGGCGGGUCGUCACGGCGACGGGUACGACGCACCGCGUGGAGGGAUUCGCUGAGCGCUACAUGGAGACCUUCGCUCCCUGGGUGAAGAGUCAUGGAGGAUGGGAAAGCAUUGUGCAGAUGGAGGGGCCGGAGUUUGACUAAAGAGUGCAGUCAAGUUUGUUCUUUACCUCUGUGUAUGUGUGUGUGUGGGUGUGGGUGUGUGUGUGUGUGUGUGUGUGUGUGUGUGUGCGUGUGUGUGUGGGUGUAUGCACUGUGAAAACAUCUAUUUAUGUUGGGGUUUUUUUAAACUUUGGGGAUUUUUUAAAAAUAAGCUGUAAUUUUUUUUAAUGUACUUUUUUAUAUGUAUGCAUAUUACAUGUCUACACACACA